CGCCGGCGGAAGCAGCCUGCUGGCACCGCCAGCGGUACCCCGCCUCGCUCAGAGAGGCGGUGGAGGGGCGCACGGACCCAUGGGCGCUCAUGAAGGCCAUCCCUCCCCCCUCGCCAUGCACAGUAGCAGGGUUACAGAUAGAGCAGCUGGAGCCGCACGUCAACUUCCGGCGGGGCUAUGCGGUGAAGCACACAGGGGACGCAGAGGACCGCGUGCAUGUGCAGAGGACCGCGUGCAUGUGCAGAGGACCGCGUGCAUGUGCAGAGGACCGCGUGCAUGUGCAGAGGACCGCGUGCAUGUGCAGAGGACCGCGUGCAUGUGCAGAGGACCGCGUGCAUGUGCAGAGGACCGCGUGCAUGUGCAGAGGACCGCGUGCAUGUGCAGAGGACCGCGUGCAUGUGCAGAGGACCGCGUGCAUGUGCAGAGGACCGCGUGCAUGUGCUGCCGUACUGCAGGGCUCUGCAACACCCGGUCAUGGGGAGACGGUGAGGGACUGGAAUGCAUGGGCUUACAAGCGAUGCUGGGAGUG